AUGGAAUUAUUCGACAGGAUUCGCAGAUCGCUGGAGAACAAAGCAGCGGAUGAGUUAAUGCUGCCUCAAGCCAAUCCACGCAAGACAACAAACCCAGCCUUGCAUCCAACCCUCUUCUCAAUUGAAGCCACAGCACAGGACGAGUCUCGUUCUGAUGAGGAGCAUGUUCUCUUGGGAAUUAGAAAUAUCAAUUGGGCGAGUCAAAUCCAGGAACCUGAACAGCUACGAUGGAUGCAUCUUUCCAAUGGGGAGAUCGAAUUCGAUACUUUUGUCGGGCGCGCCUUGGACGCAUACGGACUCGACAAGCAGGGAAAGGCCGUCGUGAUCUCACGCUUCUUCAACCGCUUUUUGUCAACCCUGGAAAUGCCAGCCUUCCAAGGCAAAAAGCUGCGGGCCGACCAAGCCUCGACGGACGUGCAACUCCCAGGCCACUCGGAAGAAACAAAAUUUAAUUUCAUGGCCAUUCCAUACUUCCUCCUGGAUAAGGCACGUCAAAGAACCGAAGACCAUCGCUCCAAAGUGCACUGGGUUCAGCCGUUGGUCCAGUCGGCCUACCAUCUCGACUCCUCCACGGCCAGGGAGAACCAGCAAGCAAUCCGACGCUUACACGGCAACAUUAGUGAGGUGAUCCAUGUUCCUCGGCUUUGGCUGCUGAGUAUAGGCGAUAAAUUCAUCGCGACAUGCUCCCCUACUCCUAUUUAUGACAUUGAAGGAUCGUCCAUCACCACUAGCAACAUUGGACGGAACCCUUUUCCACCUACAAUCAGAGUUACCAUGAGCUCGGGGUUCGUUUUCUGUCUUGAGCGUGAUAAAUGCAGUGUGUGGUUUCAAUUCUUAUACCAUUUAAAAUGCACAGCAAUGGUAUCUGUAGGAGAGUACGAGAACAUGGACGUGGGGAACUAUGAAUAUAGACUCCAGAAAGACGGUAGCCUCAUCGAAGGGCGGAACUGGCAGUCGAUCUUGCAGUCUAACUCCAGCCAUGAGCCGCUGUUUAUCCUGGCCUCUCCGGGGCAAACUGAAUCAGUUAACAGAUCACUCUCUACUAUUCCCCUUGAGGGAAAAUAUUCUAUCGAGGCAUCGACGACCGAUGAUAAAGGGUAUCCGAGAGCAAGUACGGACGUUCUCAGUCCGGAAACACUGGAUGCGUACAACAUACCUUACUAUUGGGACUUUCCCAAGGCUGGAGCACAAAAGAAACUCAUCGUCGCGCAACACCUAUCUAAGCUCGACCGAAAGGUUCUCUACGAUCAUACCAGGCGAUUACGAGCUAUGGAGCAUACUAACUCUACUGAUUAUUACACAUCGAACAGCGAAGAUCCAUAUUAUUGGACCCCGAAAUACGUGAUGGAUGCAGCAAAGUCGCAGUUGGCAAAGGCUGUUCGAGAGGACGAUUCACAUCGGGGAGAAGAUAAGGCAGGAAUUGAAAGCCAGGCUAUCUUCAAGUGGCCCUUUAAAAUCCUCUACGAUGCGCCUGACGGUACAUACAAGCAAGAUGAGCAUAGCAUAUCGUCAGAUGACCCUACUCCUUCACAGCGGAUGAAAGCUUUGGUAGCUCACAUCCAUCAUGAAAUAUUAUUCAGCAACGGCCUGCGCUCUGUGAAGAGCUAUAACAACCUACCCCUGAAGACAAGAGCGGAUUUAAACGAACACCUCGCCAACUUAAGAGAUAGUCACCAUGCUUAUCGUCACAUCCUCACCCUCGCUUCAUCCUUUGUGUCGACCGUCAGUGACUUUCUCGAUUGUUAUAUUGACAAGGAAUAUGAUUGUAUUAUCAAGGGAAAGGUGUGGGCAGCUCUCAUUCCAGUGAUUGAGACAUUUCUAUUCCCUUCCUCCGAUGAUUUGUUCUCCUUCCACUGUGAAGUCAUUUCCAUCCCACUUCGCAAGUUUAUCGAUCAAAUCCAGGACUUGCGGGAUGGACUGUCCGGUACAGAUCGCAUCUACAUUACAUCUUCCAUGGUGAAGGCAUUUGUCCAGGUCGUGCUCCUUCUCGCGGAUGCAGCUUCUGAGGCCUCCCGGCUUAUGAAAAAAAUCGAUAGUGAUAGCAAAAGGGAUAGUCAGGACGCAUCGACAUCGACACAACCGGAUAUCCAGUCUAGUGAGACUCAGAACGCAGAAAAAGAAACAGACAAUACUGCCCCAUUAGACGCAGAAGCUCCCACCAAGCAAACCGAGUUCACAAAUAACACAAACCGCCAUAUCGAGAAGAUAUUUACAUAUCUUGACCAAGCUCAAGACGAAUGCUGCGCAACGUAUCGCUCCGAAGACAAUGCCGAGUCUACCUAUAGUGGGGUAGACCGUGGGAGGAUCAUUGCUCUCAUUAUAGAUUCUGUCUUGUGUGGGCAUUCGACCUGCGCCUCACUGCCUGAAUUGGACAUUGUAGAAAUCUAUGCAACAUACACAACCUACUUGCAACUCCAAGCCCGAAGCAGACCCAGCAAGGCUCUCCUGAUGGACAUGAACCUGCUUCGAGAAGAACUAGAGAUCAUCACCAAUAAUGUCGGUCAACAACUCGAUUUAAUCAGUGCCCUAUGCGAUCCUGACUCAGAUGGCUACUUUGAUGGUUCAGAGAGCGAUUUUGGUCAAAGUGAAAGUCCUAUACCCUUCGAGAUGCUGUAUUCCUCCACCUCCGAAGGCCAUGCAGUGAUCAACACAUCCACCCGGAGGGUCUUGCAGAAGAUAAAAACGGACUUACGGGAGAGGAAGGAUGUAGCCGACGAGCUUAUCAGUCGUGUUGAGCGUUUAGAGAAACAGACUGUCCAACGCGUCGACAUUAUCGAGGAAGACCACGGCAAAGCUAUCCUUAUUUUCACCAUCAUCUCGACAAUCUUCCUCCCGCUCUCCUUCGUGACGAGCUAUCUGGGCAUGAAUACAUCCGAUAUCCGUGAUAUGGAACCGAGUCAGGCGCUGUUCUGGGAAGUCGCCACUCCCUUUACGGUGGUGGUCGUGUCUGUUGUCCUUGUGGUGGCGUACAAUGCUAAUAGUAUCCUUGGGUGGAUUCCGCGGGGUCCGGCUUUCUCAUAA